AUGGUAGAUAAUUAUCAUUCGUCGUUAGACGUGGCAAAGACACCUAUCCAGUCCGAUGCCGAUGCUCAAAAGUCUGAGGCCGAAACCGAAGGACCGUCGUCGAAAUCGUCUCAAAUUGCAGCAGGGGAAUCGAUUGCAGACAGUGUUAGGAACUUCCUUGAGCUGCGUCAGGGAGGCAUUCCCGAUGAUACCGGGGUGGUCUUUGACAAAAUAUCAGCAGUGGGAAGUGGAACAGGAUCGCAAGAUGCACCCACCGUCACGUCGGCGGCCCAGUCGGCCUUCGGACUGUUGAGUCCUCUGCAAAACAGACAAAGAAAACAGUACUCUCGACCCAUCCUCAGCGGAUUCUCAGGCACAAUCAACCCCGGAGAAAUGUUGUUGGUGCUAGGUAAACCCGGGAGUGGAUGUACAACCUUUCUGAAAACUCUGUCGGGGCUGUGGGAUGAAUAUAAGGAGAUCCAGGGAGAACUCACUCUGGGUGGUCAUCCACUGCUAGAUGUGAUGAAACAGCGGCCCCAAGAUAUUCUCUUCUGCGAAAUGUCUCCCUUAGCCGAGUCUGAUGAUCAUUUCCCUACAUUGACCGUGGCAGAGACCCUGCGCUUUGCGACCAGAGCGCGCUGCGGUCCCCAAGUCUCGGCCCGUGAAAUAGACACAAUGGUUACUCAGCUGGCAAAGCUAGUUGGUCUUGGGAAUGUCCUAAAUACCAAGGUAGGAGAUGCGAAGAUUCGGGGAGUCAGUGGCGGAGAGCGCCGGCGAGUGUCUUUGGCGGAGGCCCUGGCCACCUGUGCCCGCCUAAUCUGCCUGGAUAACCCAACCCAUGGACUGGACUCAUCCACGGCGGUCGAAUUCAUGGAGAUGGUGCGCGAGUGGACGACGCAAAGUCGAUGUGUGGCCGCGAUGAGCGUCUAUCAAGCCAGUGAUGCAAUUGUCUCCUACUUUGACAAAGUCCUCGUAAUCAAUUCUGGUCGUCAGAUCUACUAUGGCCCAGUCCGGGACGCAAAGGCAUAUUUUGAAGAUCUCGGAUUUGAGUGUUUAUCGACCACCACCGUUGCCGACUUCCUCAAUGUGAUGUCCGCUGAUCCAGACGUGCGACGAGCCCAGGAAAACAGGGAAAACCAGGUCCCACGAACUGCAGAGGAGUUUGAGCGUGCGUUUAGUGCCAGCCCCAUCUACCAGGAGAUGCAAAAGUCGGUUCAGGUGGCCAAGGAGCGAUUCCAAACCAACCCCAGUCCCCUAGUCAAAACAUCGGCUUUUGCUCUCCCUAUCUGGCAUCAGAUUUGGUACUGUGCUGGUCGCCAAUUUCGCAUUGUAACCAGUGAUUAUAGCUUGUGGGCGGUAGAGCUCGCCACCAUCGUCGUCCAAAGUCUGGUGCUAGGCACGCUGUUCCGAAACCAACAGCGAACGACCAGUUCCCUGUUUAUUUUCGCAUCUGCUUUGUUCUACUCUGUCCUGGUCCCUGCCCUGCAGUCAAUGGCUGAAUUUGGUAAUGGGUUCGCCCAGAGACCACUCAUCUUGAAACAAAAGCGAUACCAGAUCUCUCGCCCGAUUGCCUACGCGCUCGGUUUGGUCACCACGGACGUCGUGUGGAAGGUGGCCGCAAUCUGCUAUAAUAUCCCCCUAUACUUCCUGACUGGAUUUCAGCGGACGGCUGGGAACUUCUUCACCUGGUUCCUAAUCAUCUACCUGGAGCAUCUCGCCCUCUCAAUGUUCUUUCGCUCAGUAGCCAUCUUCUCUCCCAACAUGCAUCGGGCCGUGCUCCCGGUGGGUAUUUUCUUCAACAUGUAUGUCCUAUACACGGGGCUCUACGUGCCCGCACCACAGAUGCAAGUAUGGCUCGGGUGGUUGCGAUAUCUAAAUCCCUUAUAUUAUGCGUUUGAGUCAGUGAUGGUGAAUGAAUUCAGAGACCUGAGUUACCAGUGCAGUGCCUCGGAUCUGGUCCCAUCGGGCUUGGGAUAUAACGACAUGGCCCAUCAGGUCUGUGCUGUAGUGGGAUCAGAGCCUGGAGAUCGUCUCCUGUCUGGAGCGUCGUACAUUCAUGCUCAGUACGGAUUCAAAACCUCUCACCUCUGGAGGAAUGUUGGAAUCAACGCGGCCCUAUUUGUUUUCUUUGCCCUUUGCUCUGGAAUCGGGAUGGAGAUGCUGAAAACACCCGCGGGUCAAUUGGCUACCGUGUUCUACAAGAGCAGCCCGGGCGUAACACACCGCCGUGAUAAAAUCGAUAGCGAAACAGGACAAGACCAAGGGAAUGAAAGUCCGGAGAUGUCAGCUGGCCAAAGCAAUGACGCACUUCGGUUACAAGAACAUCAGGGUCCUGACAAGAGCCACAAUCUUGCAUGGACCAACCUCUGUCUCGACAUCAAAACCAAGGAGGGCGAUCAACGUCUGCUAAACAAUCUGAGUGGUUCAGUCAAGAGUGGUCAGCUCAAGGCUCUGAUGGGUGUCUCGGGUGCCGGCAAGACAACCCUACUGAAUGCACUCGCUGGCCGUUCCACCAUCGGAAAUCUCACUGGAACACUAGCGCUCAAUGGUCAAGUGCUGCCAACAUUCUUCCGAAGUCGAAUGGGCUACGUACAACAGCAGGAUAUUCAUCUUCCCACUCAGACCGUGCGCGAGGCAUUGCAAAUGACAGCACGACUUCGACGACCAGAGUCCAUCUCCGUAGCAGACAAGAAUGCCUACGUCGAGAAAGUGAUUGAGUGGUUGAAUAUGGAGCAUAUUGCCGACGCCCUAGUUGGUGUCCCGGGUGCCGGCCUCAAUCUUGAACAGCGGAAGAAAGUCAGUAUUGGCGUGGAGAUGGCAUCCAAACCAGAGAUUCUCUUCCUCGAUGAACCGACCUCGGGUCUCGAUGGCCAAUCCGCCAUGUUGAUCGCUCGCUUGCUUCGUCGUCUAGCAGACUCGGGCCAAGCCAUCCUGUGUACGAUUCAUCAACCGGCAGCCGAGCUCAUCGAUCAGUUUGACAAGUUGUAUCUGCUGAGCCGUGGAGGAAAUUUAGUCUAUGACGGUUCCCUAGGAACCCGCUGCCACGAGGCAAUCCAGUAUUUCCAGCCACGGAGUCGCCCCUGCGGCCCAGAGGAGAACCCAGCAGAGUAUUUCCUCGCGGUGAUUGGGGCUGGGUCUCGCAAUGACGCCCACAUGGAUUGGGCCAGUCUUUGGAAUGACAGCGAGCAGGGCAAGGAGCGAGAAAAGGCGGAAGAAAGCUUGGUCCCCGCCGCAGAGCAAGCACCACAGCUGGAGCAACAGUCGUUAUAUUCGGUACCGUUCCAUGUGCAGCUGUGGGUGGUGGUUCAGCGAACCUGGCUGUAUUACUGGAGAGAACCGGAUUAUGUCAACUCGAAGCUCUGGAUGAGCGUCGGCAACUCCCUCCUCAACUCCCUCACCUACCUACAGUCUCCUAACACGGAGCGAGGGGCUUACAAUCGGGUCUUCUCUGCUUUCAUGUCACUCAUCGUGGGCCCCCCACUAGGGCUGCAGGUGCAACCACGCUUCGUGACCCUGCGAGAUAUUUUCGUCCACCGGGAGCGUGAGAGCUUGACCUACCACUGGCUGGCAUUUGUCUUAUCUGCAUUUAUCGUGGAACUGCCCUUUACGUUCCUCAGCUCGCUGGUAUAUUGGCUGCUGUGGUACUUCCCUGUUGGCUAUUUCAACGCCCCCUCACGCGCAGGAUACAGCUUCCUCAUGUACGAGCUCUUUGGAGUCUUCGCCACCAGUCUGGCUCAACUGUGCGCAUCGCUAAUGCCCAACAUCGAGGCAGCCUUUGCUGCCAACGGAUUCUUCUUCAUGUUCUGUAACACCUUCGCGGGAACGCUUUCGCCAAAGCCAGUGACACCUUCAGGUUGGCGUUGGUUUUAUAAUAUCUCUCCCCUCUUCUACCUAGGCGAGGGCGUCACCGUGGAUGUUUUGCAAGAUCUGCCCAUCCGAUGCGAGGAAUCGGAGGUUUCGAUCUUUUACGCGGUGAAUGGCACAACCUGUGGCCAGUACGCCCAGGAUUUCCUGAAAACCGCCACGGGAUAUUUGCUCAAUCCAGCGAGCACGACGGAGUGUCAAUAUUGUCGGUAUCGCGACGGACAAUCAUACUUCCAACAAUACGGCUAUGAAUUUGCUCAUCGGCACCGCAAUAUUGGCGUUUUCAUCUGCUUCAUCGCGUUCAAUUUCACCAUGGUUCUCGUGAUGACCUAUCUCACCAAAACGCGUCGUCAUUGA